UGGGAGGAAAGGGGUGGGGGGGGCAGAGGGGGCAGAGCCAGGGCCACACCCCUUUCCUGUCCAGCAGAGGCAGAGUUUUAGGGGAGGUUCAUCCUUUAGACAGACUCAGUCAGUUACUCACUCUGAGAGGAACCUCCUGCCUCUUUACACAGACACCUCCCGGAGGACAGGAAACACUCCGGAUCAACUUUUUCCAAUCAUCAUCAUCAUCAGCACCACCACCACAACCUUCUUGUUCACCAUGGCCAGCUCCAAGUCAUCCCAGACCACCCGCAACAUUGUGAUCGCCUGCCUGGCCCUGUGGUCGGUAAUCUCCCUCAUCAUCAUUGUGGUGUGGGCCACCUCUCCGGACAUGAAGAGUGCCAGCCAGUGCCGAGCUGAACUACAGACCCUGACGGAGAAGCACGAGGGGGCCAGGGUGGUGUACGCCAAGAACAAGGCAGCCCUGGAGGAGAUGGUGGAGGAGGGCCACGCCAACCAGACCCGGCAGCUCAGGGAGACAGAGAGGCUCCUGGAGCACCUGGGACAGACCAACGUGUCCCUGGAUGACUGUCGGCAGGAAAACGUUAUUUUGGGUGGAAACAUUACAGUCCUGGAAAAAGAAAUCGAGACGCAUAAAGAAAUCGAGGCAAACCUCACUUCAGAAAUCAUGCUAAACCAAGAGCACAUUGAAUUACUUCACGAGAACCUGACACAGGCCUCUCACAAGUGGGCGUCCUGUGUGGCUUUGCAUUCAGCUGCUGAGAGCCAGCGGAUAGCAGCCGAGAGCCAGACCAAGGCCUGCGAGUCCAGCAAGCUGUAUUUACAGAAGCAGCUGCAGAAGUGCAAAAAGGACGGUGGCCAUGCCUCCGAGCUAUUGGAUGACGGCGUUGCCGCACCCCAGACUAGCAUUCUUGCCUUGGCCGUGGUCCUCUGCGUCAGUCUGCAAUUGAUAACAUGAACAUAAUGCAUAGCCAGUGGGGUCAGCGAAGACGAUUCAAGGGGAACACUGUUCUCCAGGACAAUAGGAGGGACCUGGACUUGAUAUUAUAUGGAUAUCACUGCUGUACAUCUUUCACUGUUAGGAAACUAAUUGGGGAAUCGGUCAAUGAUUAUAGUUUCUUUUGUUUCUUUUUCAAUUAUAUUUUAAGAAUUGUUAAACAAAAAUGGUAAAACUUUGUCCUGGACAAAAGGGUUAUACUUAUUUGUUGCUUUUGAAUGGUUUUCAGCUGCAUUUACCACUCUCACAUUUAUAUAUGUUGGCUUAUUUUAUUGUUGAACCGUACCCUUACCUAGGCUACAAUUUAAUUGAAUACUUCGGGUUUUAAUGCCCAUUUUUUGGGAUAUUUCAAGAAAGCACACUUUCGUUUAGGUUAAAGGUCUCUGUAUUUAUUUGUGUGUAAAUGUUUGAAUGUACUUUAUAAGUACUGUCUGGUCGUCUCUUGUUUGUCCUGUCUUGACAUCUCUCCCUCCCCCCAUUUUUUUUAUUCUUACCCUACUAGUUCUUUCCUACUUUUUGGUUGUAGUUUACCUUCUUCCCUAUAAUAAACAGUUUUAUGUACAUGGGAUGGUGAGAUGGGGAGGGUUAAGAGGUGGAGGAGUUGCGCGACGGGAUUGGGUAUCAAGAAGACACUAGAUAGAUAAUAUUUUGUGCCUGGUGUACUGUUUUUUUUUAUAUAUUUCAUUUAUGAUUAAUUUGCACCAUGUUUUAAAUUACAAACAAAAGUUGUCCUGGAGGGGGAAUUCAUAAAAUAAAGUCUGUCCAAUUAUUUUGGA